AUGCUGAAGGAGCUCCAGCUCUCCCUGCUGCUCGUCCUGCUGCUCGUCUGUGUCUUCUUCUACCAGCUCAACCUGAAAUCCGGCUGCGUCUUCUCCUGCCUUCCUCCGCAAAAGUCCCAGCAGGACCCGGAAGCCCUCUUGGGCCAGGGGCACGGCAUUGUGUUCAUAGAGACCUCGGAGAGAAUGGAGCCAACUCCGCUGGUCUCUUGUGCUGUGGAGUCUGCUGCCAAGAUUUACCCCGGACAGCCCGUGGCGUUCUUCAUGAAGGGUUUCCACAAUACCACACGGCUGCCCUCAAACUCCACUUACCCAGGCUUUUCCCUCCUCUCAGCAAUAGACAAUGUUUUCUUCUUCCCCUUGGAUAUGGAAAAGCUGUUUGAAGACACACCGUUGCUUUCAUGGUACACUCACAUCAAUGCCAGUGUGGAGAGAAACUGGCUCCACGUCAGCUCGGAUGCGUCCCGCCUGGCCAUCAUCUGGAAGUUCGGCGGCAUCUACAUGGACACUGAUGUUAUCUCCAUCAGGCCCAUCCCUGAGGAGAACUUUCUGGCUGCACAGUCUUCUCGGUACUCUAGUAAUGGGGUGUUUGGGUUCCUCCCCCACCACCCCUUCCUGUGGGAGUGCAUGGAAAACUUUGUUGAACACUACAACUCAGAAAUCUGGGGCAACCAGGGUCCCAAUUUGAUGACCAGGAUGUUGAGACUGUGGUGCAAACUUGGAGACUUCCAGGAGGUGAGCGACCUCAGAUGCUUGAACUUGUCCUUCCUACACCCCCAACGAUUUUACCCCAUCUCCUAUCAGGAGUGGAAGCGCUACUAUGAAGUCUGGGACAGAGACCUGAGCUUCAAUAACUCCUACGCCCUGCAUCUGUGGAACUACAUGAACAAGGAAGGAAGGGCUGUGGUCAGAGGGAGCAACACGCUGGUGGAGAACCUCUGCCGUAAGCACUGUCCCAGGACUUACAGGGUCCUGAUUCAAGGCCCAGAGGGCUCGGGGACUGGGACGCUGGGUCCAGGUAACAAAUAG